UGUUGUUUUCCAAGAUGGCUGCCCCCAUAAUAAUUGUAAUUUUAAGAAAAAAAUAACUUCUAAUUCCAAAACGUUUGCUUUGCAAAUCCCUUGAUGACCCAUAUGCACUGAUAAAAAUGAUGGAGACUCCCGUUGAAGCUCAUAAUGCCACGUCAAUAAAUGAUCUGCCGGAGGAAGUGGUGGAAUUCAUUCUGAUGAAAUUGUCUCCAUACAAGGACCUCAAGUCAGCAAAUCUGGUUUGUUCACUAUGGCACAGGCUCGUUUCAGUUGUACAGAGGAAGUUGCAGGCCCACUAUCAGCAUUGUGUUAUCACCUCCCGCCUCGCAUGGUCAGUUGUCAUGCCUGAUGCUGGAUGUAGAAUUACUGAACGCUAUUCUCACUGCUGCUGCUACUUUGACAAAUGUCUCUACGUUUUUGGAGGGUGCACUGCCACGAAUACAACAUUAAAUGACCUGUGGAGAUUCGACCUUGCCUCCCGGGAAUGGAUUCGGCCCCUUGCAAGCGGUACAUACCCAUUCCCGAAGGCAUGUGCAACUUUCGUCACGUACAAGGACAAUCUGGUGCUGUUUGGAGGCUGGAGUCAUCCCACACCCUUCCCUCUACAUCAGGCGGCAAGAUUCUUCUCAGAGCUGCACAUCUACAAGCCGUUGCUGAAUCGCUGGACGCACGUGACCACCCUGUCACACCAGAGCCCUCAACCAGUGGCCGGUCACUCCGCAUCUGUUGUCGGUGACAUGAUGGUGGUGUUUGGUGGGUCCCAGGUCCCUGGGGUGAGGACAAAUGAACUGUGGCUGUUUGAUUUCUUGGUGAAUGAAUGGAGGCAGCCAAAAACAAGGGGAAAGAAACCUGAAGCUAGAUAUGGCCAGGCACAGAUCACACUAGAUGACUCCCACAUUCUUGUGCUGGGAGGAAAGGGAGGGGGGAGUCCACAGGUGGUUUACAAAGACUGCUGGCUACUGACUCUGGGUGUUGAGGACUGGACCUGGGAGGAGAUUGAAGUUCUUAAUGAUGACAGUGCCCCGGCCCAGCUGUGGUGUCAUGCGGCAUGCAAGGCAUCAGACAAUUUUAUAGUGAGUCUGUGUCGACCAGCCAAAGUCCCGGAGUCCCUGACUAAGUCUCAACAGAGUCCCAAAGUGACUGUACGGCACUCCAAAACCUGGAUCCCACCAAGAGAAGAUCAGCUGAGGUCUUCAGCCAAUGAACUGCCAGGAACCAGCAGUGAGGAACACAUGGACCAAUCAGGAGCUGAGGGCAGCUCAAGUGACUUUAAGCCGGCCAAUGGCAGUGAGCCUUUUGAAAAUUCAAAUCAAAUGGACCAAUCAGUGGAAAAUCCAAGUUUAUCCAGUAAUGUUGUAGAACCAAGAGGCAGUGUUGAGGGAACUGUGAAUCCGAGGCCUGGAUUACCAAGUGUUCGGCCUAAUGCCAUGAAAAAUAGACAGAAACAAUUGGAGGCUUUGUUAAAGUAUGAGAAAAAAUUCAGACAUUCAGAAAACUCUGGACCGUCUCCCCAAGACUCGGUACCAAAAGUUUCCCAUAGUGUUCAUGUUCCCAAACCCAAGAAGGUCUCAUUUAACCCAGCGUCACUAAUGGUGCUACAUGUGUUGGAUAUUUCUCAUGUGCUGGAAUCGAAAACUGUGUCUUGGCAAGAGCUUAAGUUUGACAACAUGGAAGGAGCACCGGAAGAGACAUUGUUCUACACGCUGGUCGAAGGCCGCGGCGAGGUAUUGAUGUUUGGAGGAAUUGAGAGAGAUAUUCAGUCAUUGCAGAGGGGUUAUGGAAUAAAAUCCCAUACUGUUAACAGCACCUUGCAUAUUUUAAAGCCUGUCCAAGAUCUGAUGUAAAAAUCAACAUUUGGCAGUGUGCAAUGUUUGUGAUAAGGGCAUUUAUGAGCUUUUCAAAUAAGAUUUCAUUAAAAAACACUGAGGCAU